AUUGGGAAAGGAGGAGGAGGGACAGGGUAGCUGCUACAUUUUGGAUGUCUGCCUGGGUUCCCAAGUGCCUCUUAGCUUGUGCAGUGUACAGGCAUUGGUUGCUAUACCCUCCACUGGAUCAGCCUCUUGACGCCAAGGUAGGGAGCAAAGGCCCUUCUCUCUGUCUGUCUGUCCUGAACCAACCAGCUUGCCCAUUUCUACUUUAAUAUUUGCCGAGUGGUUUACGGGUCACUUGAGCUCUUAAAAAGUUGGGUGCAGAUGGAACAAAGCGAGUCUUUCUUAAGAGAAAGAAACAUUAGCUGUGUGAGUGACUGGAAUGUGGAAAAAACAACAGGAGAUGGCUUAGAUUUCCAUUGCCUAAACCCUACAAUUUUUCAUGAUUUCAGGGUGGGGGGACAAAAUACAAACUCAAGCUAUUUAUCGACACAAAGUCAGCACUCCAAAAAGUAAAUAUGACCCAGAAUGGCCAUAGCAGUAUUUUAGCUAAGCUAGAGGUGGGCAGAAAAAAAUAGAUUGGAGGGGAAGGUCUCGUAAUGGACAAUUUCUGGUUCUUAGGAUUCUUGCAAAGAAUACUGGACUCAGUAGUCUUUGGUCUGAUCUAGCAAGACACUUCUUUAUGUUCUAAGUAAACGUAUCAUUUAGCAUGCUCAGUAUCACCUGACACUGAUUACUUAUGCCUUAACUGUUAAGAGAUACUGAGUGUGCACUCUCACUUUAUAAAUUUAACACAUGUUGGUGGCCAUGAGUGAGGGAUUCUAAGCAGAGGGAGGGAGGACUGCAACAUAUAAAACAGAUUAUUCUAACCCUGAUCUAAUCUGCCGGUGGGGCUUAAAAAUGGUCAACAAAGGUAAUGUCCAAAAAGGCAGCAGGUGGAGGGAGAAGGAAUAUAGAUAUAGAACAGUUGAGGAUGUCCUGAGAUGGGUACAGUGCUCUGAAAACUCAAAGCAGGAGAUAAAUGCUAAUUAUUAUUUUAUUAAAACAUUAACAGAAUAAAUAUCCAGGUUCCAAACAUUGUGGUGCAAUAGGUUUUGUAUUGUGUGUUGUGUGUAUACGAUAUUUAGUCAACAAAGUAGUAACUUUGCACAUAAUUCUGCUAUUGAUAGGGAUUUACACUGGCAAAUUGAGUUGGAUAUGCUGGAUCCAGAUUAAUGGCAUGUUCCUAUACUCAGAAGUAAGUCUCAUUGAGUUCAGCGGGUUUAUUCUCCAGUUAAGGGGCACAGGAUUGCAGUUUAAGUCUGCAAGUCAAUCACAUUUGGGUCCCAUUGACUUAAACUUUUCAUAUUGAUUUAAGUGAGACCAAAUUGCCACUUGGUUAGUCUGGAUCCAAGUCUAUAUUCUGCAGUGUAAUUCAAGAGUGCAUUUGCUUUCAGAAAGUGACAUUUUCAAUUGGGCUUUGCUGUUGUUUUGGCUAGAAACUUCAGCAGAGAGUUGGAAAGGAAAGGGGGAAUCCCUGGGAAAUGAGAAUGAUGGCUCAUAUAAGCAUUUCCUCCAAGGCAGGAAUCAGCACCCAUCUCCACGCAAAUGCUUAGGCAAGCCAUAUGGUUUGUGCAGCAGUGAAUGGUAUGUCAGCUAGUAGCCCCAUAGAUAAACCUACAGUGAACUUCACAUAGUUGAUGCUGCUGUUGCUGUUUUGAAUAGUUAUUGCAUUACAGUGUUUCCAAAAUUUUUGUUAUGUGGAUCGCAGUUAGCAUGUUUUUGGCUUCUAUUGGAGACACACACUUCACUCACUCCCACUAAAAAUAUGGAUCCAUUUUAGAACGCUAAUAAGAGCUCUGCUGGAUCAGAGCAAGGGUCCAUCUAGGUCAGAUUCCUGUUUCUUACACUGGCCAGACAAACGCUGACAAGCAAAACAUGGAAGCAAGAAUCCUCACCUGUCAUUUGCCCCCCCCCCCCCCAGCAGCUGUUAUUCAUUAAUGGGUAGACUAUAUCUAGAUGGGGAGGUUCUCUUCAGCUGCCAUAGCUAAUACCUUAGGGCUCGAUUGCACCAUCUCCAUGAAUGUACUUAAUGUUCUAUGAUAUAAGCACAUAAGAGCAGUCCUGCUGGAUCAGAUCAAGGAACCACCUGGUCUACAGUGUUUUAUACAUCACCAACCGGUAAUUCAGGACCCCGUCAGGAAAAAGUGCAUCCCUAUUCCUCCCAAUUGCUGCUCAAUGGACACAGAGCAGUGGAGGCAUCCAAUGUAAUGGCUCAAGCUGGAAUCCUUGGCACACUUACCUCAGAGUAAAUACCACUGAACUCAGUUUACUUUUAAGUAGAAGGGAUGUAGCUCAGUGGUAGAGCAUCUGCUUUCAAUGGAGAAGGUCCCAGGUUCAGUCCCUGGCAUCUCCAGGUAAGGCUGAGAGUGUCCCUUGUAUGAAACUGUGGAGAGCCACUGCCAGUCAGUAUAGAUAAUGAUGAGCUAGAUGGACCAAUGGUGUGAUUCAGUAUAAGGUGGCUUUCCUAUGUACAUAUCAGGUUGUACCAUAUAUUUUUCAAAACACACAUUACAGUGCAAUUGUAGAUGGAUCUACUCAGAAGUAUUGUUGUUUUUUUAUUAAAGAAAACAGCCUAUCGAGUUCAAGAGGCUUACUCCCUGGAAAGUGCCUUAGCAUUGCAGUCUCAGACCCUGCUUGCGGCACACUAGCACAUCCCAGUUUUGGACUUGCAUUGCCUUUACAGAUUUUGCAUACCAUUUUUGUCCCCAGACCGAAGUACAACCACCACAAAACAAUAAAACCAAUUUAGGAACAAGCAACCCCACUAGGAAAAGUGUGUGGGGAAGGGGGAACCAGUAGCAUCAUAAAUACAACUCUGGGAAACAGACAGCAUGGAAAGCAUGUCUAAAUAAGUCCGCUUGGGACAUUUUCCUAAAGACUGGGAGGGAAGAGGCAGGGAAGAAUUUCCAGAGCCUAGGCACACCUCUGGGAAGGUCCCGUUCUGUGUACUCUCCAUUUGCAAAUCAGAUGGUGGUAAGAUGCAGGGGAAAGCCUCUUCAGAAAGUCUUCACUGGUGAGCAGAGUCCUGUGGAGGGAGCAAGGGGAGGGGUCCUUCACAGACCCAAGCUGCGUACUUAGAACUGGGCUUCAAAAAUACACUGAGGGCCACCUUUACCUUUACUAAAUAGAUACAGAGUCUGUCAAGAAGGAGUCUGUGGCAGUAGCAGAGUAUAGUUGUCCAACAGUCUUCAGAGUCAGCCCCAUGCAGAGGAUGUUGCAGUGGUCCAACCUACAUGUAAUUAAAGCAUGUGUAAUUGUGCCUCGAUCUGCCUUCUGCAAGAAGGGUCGCAGCUAGCACCUUAGUCACAGAUGCACAAAGCACACUCUGUGGCCACAGCAACAACCUGCCUCCAGAGGCAAAGCUGGGUCCAGAAACACUGUUAGACUGAAAGCUUGAUCUUUCACAGGGUGUGCUACUCCAUCCAGAUCCUUAACGCCUACAAAUGUCUGCAGAUCAAGUUCCUAUUAAAGGCACAGCUACAAAGGCUGGUAAAAAAGUUGGCAACCCUAGACUAGGACUUUGCUUCCUCCCCAUCCUGUUCUAAGAAUUGCCAAUUGCUUAACCCUCCAGAAAUUUGAUCUUUAUGUCCAGCUCUGAGAGAUGCAAGACAGAGAGGCACUUCGGCUAUUUCUGGCCUGUAACAAACAGGUUUGUCACCCAGGAGCUCAGAUCUCCUUCCCUCCCCCCCCCCUCAGCGGAGGGAAGGGAAGGUGGACAGAAACAGCUGAGAAACAUUAGCAAUAAGCCGUCCUGCCUGUGGAGAGUCAGAAUCUGUAUGCACGCUCAGUUCAGAUAUCAAAUGCAGUCAUGCAGCAUGUCCCAAGUCAUGAAGUCCACACGUGGCAGGCCUUGAUGGAAGGAAUUAUUACAGAAGGGUACACCAACCUUUUCUCUGUGUUGUGGAAGAUACGGUGCCUGUCUUGCCCAGAGACACAGCCUAUGCUUUCAGUUACACGCAACAGCCUAAAUCGUAUACUCUAUUCUCCCACGAUGGGUUUCUGCAAAAAGAACUGUACAGAGCUGGAGUAGCUAAGUAGCUGAAAGUUUGAGCAGUGAGGGAGCAACUCCCUGGUUCAAAUCAAACCACAGCUAUGAGCUCCCUUGAUUGACCUGGGCCAGGCUACUAUUUUAAAGCCCCAGGCCCACCCUGCCAGCUUUGUGCUGUGAUAGGAAUUUUAUGGUCUUAGAUAUAUGGUAAUGUUCAUAAGCGUACCAACCAAGCACAUACAUAGAUCAGCACAGGAAGGCCAACCUGGAACCAUUUUGAUUCCUAAACUGACCAAAUCUUUUCUCUGCAAGGUCAAAAUGGAAAAGCCUCCCCAUUGUCUUUUCCUUCACAAAUCCUGUCUUAAGGGUAUGUCUGUGUUUGAAUAGGAUGUGAGCCUGUGACCUGGCCCAGGAACUAAGUAUUUAUCAUUACAAAAGACUGGCCAGGCUACCCAGGAAAUCCUAUCAAGUAACCUGCCAGACAGGAGAACAAAAACAGGAGAAAAACAAUAUUAAAAUUUCUAUUUUGGACCGCCUUUUCUGUGAUGUAGGUGUGAUGUAUCUGAGGCGUGGUCUUAGGUUACACCCCUUCUGUGAUGUAUGUAUGAUGUUUCUGGGGGUGGUCUUGAUCUACAGGGUGGCAAUUUCAAAAGGCCUUGCACGCCAUUUUUCUGGGUCUCUCCUCUCUCCUGCAGGUGAGGGGAGCACCCUGUUGCAACAGAUCAAUAAAGGCCAAGCCUACAGGCUGCUGUUUUGCUCCAAGUAAUCCUGGUUGGUGUCUUUGUUUUUUGUCCAAGGGAGCCCUCAGAUUUUUCCAUUAACAGUGCUAGGACAGUAAUAAUACUGGCCCAGUAUUAUUACAGUAUCAUAAUACUGGACACGGGUGGCGCUGUGAGUUAAACCACAGAGCCUAGGGCUUGCCAAUCGGAAGGUCGGCGGUUCAAAUCCCUGUGACGGGGUGGGCUCCCGUUGCUCGGUCUCUGUUCCUGCCAACCUAGCAGUUCGAAAGCACAUCAAAAGUGCAAGUAGAUAAAUAGGUACCGCUCUGGCGGGAAGGUAAACGGUGUUUCCGUGCGCUGCUCUGGUUCGCCAGAAGCAGCUUAGUCAUGCUGGCCACAUGACCGGAAGCUGUAUGCAGGCUCCCUCGGCCAAUAAAGUGAGAUGAGCGCCGCAACCCCAGAGUCGUCCGCAACAGGACCUAACGGUCAGGGGUCCCUUUACCUUUACUUUACAGGAACACAGGAGGCUGCUUUCUGCCCAGUCAACCAACUGGUCCAACCAGCUCAGUAUUGUCUGAUCCAGGGAUCGGCCUUUUCAGCCCAAAGGCCAUGUUCCCUUCCUGGCAACUUUCCAGGGGGCCACAAAUCAGAGAGAGCUAGUCUGGUGGGUCACUUGGUUAGAGUGUCAGACUACCAGGUUUUGAUCUCCCUCGGCCAUGAAGCCCCCUGGGUGACUCUGAGUCAGAAACUGCCUAUCAGCCUAACCGACCUCACAAGGUUGUUGUGAGGAUAAGAGGGGGGGGGGAGGACUAAGUAUGUCACCUUGAGAUCCUUGGAGGGAAAGGUGGGAUAUAAAUGCAACAAAUAAAAUAGCAGUCGGGGAUGUGGGCAGAGGCAAAAGUGGUCAGAGCAAUAAAUGUUAAUUUUAGCUUUGUAAAAUAGGCUUGUUUAUCCAUACACCCACAAACCCCUCCUCUAGCCCCCAUCCAAUAAGUAAGAGGCAUUCACAGAAAUCAAAGAAAUUCCAGCAUGGGCGUAGCCAGGAUUUUUUUUUUUGGGGGGGGGGAGGACUUUUGUUGGGAGGUGGCAGAACUGACGUGAUUAGUCAGGAAGUUAAGUAUUUCUAUUGUUUUACUUGAUCUGGGGGGGACCUCCCCAUAGGCAUAGCCAAAGGGGGGACAGCUGCCCCCCUAAAUCAAUAAAAAUACAUAACAAACUGAGGUUCUGCCCCCCUUAAGAAAAGGCCUGCCCCCCAACAAAAAUGCUGGCUACACCCAUGAAGCUCACCCCCCCCCCCCGGCUAUGCCCAUGAAUUCCAGCUAGGCAAAAAUACCAAGGAGAGUAUGAAGUAGGGCAGGUGAGAGGUGUGGCCUGGGGAGAGGGUGUGGCUAAUAAUGGGUUGUGGCCUUGAGACAGUCCCAAGGGCCUUAGAGAAACAGGGGUGGGGGGUAGAAUGCAUUUGGCUCCUAGAUUAGGGCUACAUCUAAAUGCAAUUGCAGUUGAUAGUAGAGGCAUAGGGAACCUUUAGCCCUCCAAUGUUGCUGAACUACAGCUCCCAUUGCCCCUGGCAACUGGCCAUGCAUCCUGGGGCUGAUAGGAAUUGUAGUUCAGCAACAUCAGGAGGGCCACAGGUUCCCCACUCUUGUCUCUUUCAAAUUCCACCAUCCAUUUUGUACAGGAGGCCAAUAUAUAUGUCACCUAUGAUGUUCCUUUACAAAGCAGUGUUCUCCUUAAUACGCCUUACAGGCCACGCUUCCGCUCCAAUGGCACCCAAGAAGAAAGCCCCAAAGAAGAGCAAGCCGUCGAAGACGGAGACGUCUACGAAUGUCACCAUGGUAGAGGACUCUUCUCUUGACAUUGACCACCACCAGCAGCUGGACGGCUUGUUUGAAAAUGGUUCAGGUGGCUUCCUCUGCACUGCCACAGAAGUCACAAAUCCUGGCCACGGAACCAGUGUUCUGGAGGAGAUGAGCCUCAUGCACCAGGAGCGUUUCCUCUGCGACCUCACUAUUGUCACAAAAACAAAAUCCUUCAGCGUUCACAAGUUGGUCAUGUCUUCCUGCAGCGAGUUUUUCAGAAGCCUACUGAAAAAAGACCCAAACCUUCAACAAGUGGACCUCAAAGAUGCCUCCUCCUUAGGCUUGGCUACCGCCAUUGCCUACACCUACACCGGAAAGCUGAACCUUUCUCUGUACACCAUUGGGAGCACCAUUUCCAUAGCCAGCCGCCUGAGGAUGUAUGCUCUGCUCAACAUGUGCACCGACUUCCUCAUCCAGGAGAUGAAUGUGGAAAACUGGAUGUACAUCGCCAACCUGGCAGACACCUACAAUCUCAGCCAGGCGAAGGAUGCUGCAAGGAAGUUCAUCCGGGAAUGCUUCCUGGAGUUCUCCGACACUGAACAGUUCAUGAAACUCACCUUCGACCAGCUCAACGAGCUGCUAAUGGACGACAACCUUCAGUUCCCCAAUGAAGUGGUGGUCUUUCAGAUUGUCAUGAAAUGGAUCGAGUUUGAUCCCAAGCGGAUCAAACACGCCGCCGACCUCCUGAACAAUGUCCGAUUUGGCACGAUCCCGGCUCACGACUUGAUCAACUACAUCCAGCCUGUGCCGUGCAUGAUGCAGAACCCGGAAUGCCACAAGCUCCUGGUAGACGCUAUGAAUUACCACUUGUUACCUUAUCAGCAAAAUGACCUCCAGUCCAGAAGGACCAAGAUUCGAGGAAGCCGUAAAGUGUUGCUCAUGGUUGGGGGCCGCCCGUGCUCGGCCGAGAAAGCUCUUAGCAAAGAUGUAAGCUACAGAGAUCAAGAAGGAAACUGGAAUAAGCUAACAGAGAUGCCUACCAAAUGUUUUAACCAAUGUGUUGUGGUGAUGGAUGGAUUCCUCUAUGUGGCUGGCGGAGAGGAUCAAACUGAUGCGCGGAACCAGGCAAAGCAUGCAGUUAACAACCUGUGCAGGUAAUGGGGAGGUUGCACCUUGAUUGACACUGUCUAUCGGGUUCCCAAGCAGGAGUCUUCCUCAUGCCUGAAAUCUUCUAAAUCCAUGUUGGGGUAUCCAUGGCCCAACUCCAAUUCCUAUUAUCCCCAGCCAUCAUGGACAAUGGUUUUGGGAGCUGUAGUCCAGCAACAUCUGAAGAGGCCAGCAGUUUUCCAGCCCUGGAUAUACUGGGGUCACCUGCCAGAGGCACAAGUAGGCAGAACAACAAAUGUGAAUUUUACCUUUGUACAGUAGACUAGUUUCUGUACACCCAGCCCUCUCUAUCCUCCGUCUAGGCAAGCAAGAGGCAUUGUCAAAGCUCAAAGACACAUUCCAGCCAGAAAAAAAUAAUUCAAAGACAGAAUGAAGUGGGGCAGGUGAGAGGUGUGGCCUGGAGAGAGUCCCAUGGGCCAAGUAGAGAGAUCCAGUGGGCUGUAUGUGUCCCCUGGGGCUGAGGUUCCCCACACCUGAUGUAUAAACUCCCUCAUAGGGCACAGAAAAAGAACCUCAAAUAAAAAAUAGCAUCACAAAAUAAAAAUCACAUAUAGGAAGGUAGACAUAGAUCUGAAUAUCAGUAUUGAUCUCUAAAUGCUUGUGUAAGAAGUCAUAUUUUACGUUGGCUUCUUAAUGACAGUCCUGUAGAUGUCUUACAUACUUUUAAGAGGCAAGGCAUUCUAAAGCUGGUGGGGGGUUCACCACUGAACAGGUCCAUUUCAGGGCCAACAGCUAGCAAGGCUUGAAGAGCUUUGGGGUGGUGAGAUGGACUGAGGUGUAUGGAGGAAAAGGCUAUCCCUGGCUGCUAGGGCUGCAUGCUGCCUCCAGUAUUGGAGGGAAUGUGCCUCUGAAGACCAGUUUCUGGGAAUCACAAGUGGGGAGAGUUGCUGGUGUACUCAGGUCCUGCUUACACUUUCUCCAUAGGCAUCAGGUUGGCCACUGGGAACAGGCUGCUGAAUAGAUGGGCAUUUGGGCUGAUUCAGCCGCCAGACUCUCCUUAUAUUAUGCUCCUAUGGACGGGGAAGGUACUUAUUUCUAACCCUGAUUUUUAUUGAGGACAGAAGCCUAAGGCAUGUCACAAAACAUUAUUUCAUGGGUGAGAGAGACAUUAUAAUAGACAUCCGUUUAAGCCAAAAAAUUAAGGGGCACAACAGGCAGAGGAACUUUAGAUGUGUUUUGAGGUCUUUUCCCCCAGGGGCACCUAGAAAAAAGGAAUGUUCUCUAUGACUCUGGGCUUAGUGGUCUUAUGGCCCUGCUGCAUUUAUUUACAGUGGAUGCUCAGGUUGCGAACGUGAUCCAUGCGGGAGGCACGUUUGCAACCCGCAGCGUUUGCAACCCGCAGUGCCACGUUUGCACACAUGUGGAUCACAAUUUCGCGCUUCUGUGCUGAAACCCAGAAGUAACCCAUCUGGUACUUCCGGGUUUGGCACAGUGCGCAACCUGAAAAAGCGCAACCUGAAGCGUCUGUAACCCGAGGUAUGACUGUAUUUAGAAAAUGUAUAACCUGUGACCCCUUAAGUUAACUGGUCUCAGGUUUGCUAGGGGCCCCAUCUGAGGAGUGGGACCGCAAACUGUUACCCUGACAGCCUCACUAGGCAAACUCAGAUCCCCUGCUUCAACCACACAUAAGAAGCCAACACAGCAACACCUGUGGAGCCUGCUGGAUCAGCCCAAUGGUCCAUUAAGUACAGCAUCCUCUUCUCACAGUGGCCAAGCAGAUGCCUGUGGGAAACCCCCAAGCAGGCCCCAAGCACAAGAGCACUCUCUCCUCCUGCAGUUCCCAUCAGCUGGUAUUCAGGGGCAUUACUGCUUCCAACUAUGGAGGCAGAGCAUAGCCAUCACACUCAAUGGCGACAAUGACAAACUCUCUUCCCCUCUGCAGGUAUGAUCCCCGUUUCGGCACCUGGCUGCACUUGGCCAGCAUGUCACACAGAAGAACUCACUUCAGCCUCAGCGCAUUCAAUGGGAACCUCUAUGCCAUCGGGGGACGUAAUGCCAAGGGGACCCUAGUCUCUCUUGAAUGCUACAUCCCUUCAGCCAACACCUGGCAAGCCAAAGCCAACAUGGACUUGCCCCGCUGCUGCCAUGCCAGCGUGGUCAUCGAUGGCAAGAUCCUGGUGACUGGCGGCUACGUCAACAACGCCUACUCCCGUACCGUCUGCAGCUAUGACCCCGCCACAGAUUCAUGGCGAGAUGGGGCAUGGCUGAGCAGCCCCCGAGGCUGGCACUGCGCUGCCACCUUAGCAGACCGCGCCUACGUCCUGGGCGGCAGCCAGUUGGGUCCCCGGGGGGAGAGGGUGGACGUCAUCCCUGUGGAGUGCUACAACCCUUCCACGAACCAGUGGAGCUACAUGGCCCCCCUGCCCACCGGCUUGAGCAUGGCGGGGGUGGCCACCCUCGGUGGGCAGAUCUUGGUUGUCGGUGGUUGGAAUGAGAGUGGGAAGAAGUACCAGAAGAGCAUCCACGCCUACAAUCCGGACCUGAAUGAAUGGACAGAGGAAGGAGAACUUUCCGAAGGCACCGUGGGGGUCUCCUGCUGCACCAUCGCCCUUCCGCACUCAAGCACCAGGGGCUCCAGGGCCAGCUCAGCUGCUUCAGCAACGGUCAGCAUUUAAGGGUGAGAGGAUGGUUGGAUGGAAUGGAGGAAAGAGUCAGAACUGGCCUCAGCUGGCAUGAUCAGGGGGUUCACAAGAACGUCGAAAUACUUCUUUAAAAAUCUCAUUUAUGCCUUGGUUUUGCCAGCUUCCAGGAGAUAAAUAUUCUACCUGUAGAGCAGGUGUGGGCAGCUCUUGGUCCUCUGUAUAUUGCAGAAAUACAAACCUCAUCAUCCCUGGCCACAGGCCAUGCUUGCUGAGGCUGAUGGGAAUUGUAGUUCAGCAACACUUCCAAGGCCAAAGGUCCCCCAAACUUGCUUUAUAGAAUUAGCACUGUCUUACUGCAACAGGGGAGGCUAACCUGCAGCCCUCCAGGUGCUAUUGGACAACCCCCAUCCUUGACUGUUGGGGCUAAUGGGGUACAAGAGCAUCUGGAGGGCCGCAAAUUAGUUACCCAUGUACUAUAGCUUACCUCACAGAAAAAUAAGCAACAGGGCUGAAUACAGCACCGCCUUCCCAUGGUUUUACUUUAAUAACACUUUUAAAGCACAAUUUCCAGUCCCUCAGGUGAAACCUGAAGACGUCAUUUGAGCUGAAAUACAACUCCCCGUCCCUCAGCUUCUACCCCCCAAUAUCACCACCAGUUUUUUAAAAGAAAGGUGUGACCCUUAAGGCCUACCUUGAAUGAACUGCGUCACUGAGAUAUAGGAUUCUUGAGGUCUAAAUUAAAAAUCUGAAGCACACUUUACAAUUUUGUGUUGUGUCGUCUAUGUGGUGUGGAACUUUGAAAUGGCAUUGUGUGUGUUCUGUCAACCAAUGACUCUCUUGAAAGGAAGUUUUCAAGGAAGGGAUUUAGGCUGCAAAUCCUGCACUCUCAUACCUGGCUUUGACACUGCCCAUUCAGGCCCUUACAGUUUUACAGCCUCCCCAUCCCCGGAGAACCACCCAUAAGAACAAAAGGGUUUCUCAUCAAACCUUUUACAUUAAUAAUUUCUCUUUCACGCCAUGCCUCAAGGAAGUACGUUGCUAGGGAACAGAAUAAUUAUGAGAGGCAAAUGAAGCUGAGUUAAUUGCAGGGUGGCUGACAGCACUUUCCCCCACCACCCUGGGCAAAGCAGGCAUGUGUGCUUGGAAGUGUUUGUACUGAGCUGAAUCAAACACAGGGGAUUGUACAAUUGUGGUGACAGCCUUUUGUACAAGGCAGUAUAAGCCUCCCAAGAAAAAGUGCAACCAUUACAGAGGAAGGCACAAGAUUUUCCUGUUUUCACACAGGCCUGCCUCGUGCCAAUUAUGAGGCUGUUUUAUACCAGGUCCGUCUAACCCAAUAGUAUCUACUAAGUAAGGAAGCAACAACAGGAAAUAUGUGGAUUGCUUUUUAAAAUUUCUACAGGUAGCAAUAGAAACGGGAAGGAAAACGUCCCUCCCCUUGGCAGUCCUUAUCUGGAUCAGCUCCCAUUGCUACUUGCGGUUUAAAUAGGUGGAAAUUCCUGCACUGUGUAAUUUUGGUGCCAACAUUUGUCCUAAAAAUAAUAUUAAUAAAAAGAUAGGUCUUUCCAGAGCCAUUUUCCUAUGAUGCCUUUAGUUGGAGAGUUCAACACUCAACUUGGGCAUUCUGUGUCCAUAGUUAGGUACUCCGCCACUCAGCUACAGCCCCUUCAAUUACCGUAAGAAAUUAAAUCUUCCAUGCCAGCUCACUUUUGUCUGUCCCCACCUUGAACAAGAGGUGGUAUACAGUGGUACCUCUGGUUACAUACGCUUUAGGUUACAGACUCCGCUAACCCAGAAAUAUUACCUCGGGUUAAGAACUUUGCUUCAGGAUGAGAACAGAAAUCGUGUGGCGGCGGCACAGCAGCAGGAGGCCCCAUUAGCUAAAGUGGUGCUUCAGGUUAAGAACAGUUUCAGGUUAAUAGAUCUCCAGAACAAAUUAAGUUCUUAACCCGAGGUACCACUGUAUUCCGCUGUUAUCACAGCAAGCCUUCAGCUUUCCCCAGUAACUGCACACACAACAUGCUAAAAGCCAUCCUCCAUGGGCCCUUCCUCUUAUCUACCCAUUUGGCUCUUAGGUCAGAGCAAUUAUUUCUCAUUAGAUUGGCUUUGAGCUAGCUCCAUUUGGGGAGUAGGAAGUCACUCAUUUUGUGUGUCUUUGAAUGGCACAUCUUGUGAAGACUCAGAAUAUAUUUAAUUCUCCUUCAUGCUCU